CAGUCAUUGGAAAUUAAAUUACAACACAAAGUACCGCUUCAACAUAAAAUUGAAAGGCAUGCAGGAUCGAGAGCUUUAAGCAAACAAGAGUUGCAAGCAUUUGAAAAGUUUGCAGUUUUAAAAAAAGGGGUAUUUGAUAAAGAAGAAAAUAGUAUUAUUAAGAAAAAUUGGAAAAGCUUUUGUGAGAUUCACAACUGGAAGAAAAAUAAUGUUAAACCGUUUUUGUACUUUAGCCAUAAUGGAAAGUGUUAUCUUAAUUUUGAACAAAGAAAAAAUUUUGUAAGAUUUCUAGCUAACGGAUUACCUUCUAGAACCUUAAAUAGUGUUUAUUUUCGAUUUCGCAGCUCGUUCGAUGCCAAUGUUAACACUGGAAAGUUUACUCAUAAAGAAGAUAGUAUCAUAGUGAGACAUUUGUCCAAUACAUCAAGCACUAAAUUAAUUAAUUCAUCUGCUCAUGUAGCAAAGAUUUUAAAUAGAAAACGACAUAGUAUUCGACUAUCAUCGUAUUGUUCGAGAUUUCUUUACUUUUCAAUCAAAUCGACAUUCUAUUUUAAUCAAGAUUUCUUUACAGUGGACAUCAAUAUUUCAUGGACUUACGCAAUGGUGCGAGAAUUCAUUAACACAUUAACAGAAACUUCAACCUGUAAAUUAGAAGAAUUAAAGAAUAUAGUUAUUGAUCAAACUAUAUGGGAUGAAAUGGGAAAAAAAUUGAAUAUUGAUCAGAAAAUUUUACAAAAUUUUUGGUAUUACCAAUUGCACAUGCAAAUCUUUUGCCCUGAACCGAUUUAUUUGAACGAGCUGAAAAUUAAUUUAAUUGAAUACGUACAUAGGCAAGAUGAUAAAAUAUUAGAAAAUUUAGCGUGGGAUAAUGUUUGUUUAAAAUUUGAUGGCGUACCCUCAUUGUUUCUGUCAAAAUUAUUUAAACACCUUAUAGAAUAUGCAAAAACGAAAAUCAACUCUUCAACAUUAAAAGUUAGCACUGAUUGGACAUUAUUAACGAUAAAAAACUUCAUCGAUGUAUUAAUGGAAAUAACAUUAUGCAAGACUAUAAAAGAAUUAAAAGGCCACAAACUUCCUGAUUUUAUAUGGCUAACAAUGGAAUCGAAACUGAACAUAAAUUAUAAAAAAUUAAAACAACUUUGGCACCAACGAUUGCACAUGCAACUAUUUUGCGUUGAACCAAUUUAUCUGAAUCACAUUAAAAUAAAAUUAAUCAAAUAUUUACAUAAAAAUGAAAUAACCGAUUUGAAAGAAAUAAAUUGGCACAAGGUUAUUUUGUUGUUUGAUGGCGUUACAAGAGAAUAUAUAUAUAGAAUUUUUACCAAUUUAAUUAAACUUGGGAGGAUGAAAGUUCAUUCUACAAAAUUUUCAGGUAGUAAAGCUAUCAUUGAAUAUAAUUGUUAA